UUUCUGCUUUACAGGACACUAACUGGACCUGAACCACUGGGAACUGACUGGUUCUGGUUUCUCUCUCAGACUGACUGAAGUCCAGAAGAUGGAAGAUUGGGAUCUAAAGGAGGACAGAGCAGAACCUCCAGGAUCCAGCUGUCCAUCUAUGAGGAGUGACUGGUCCAAACAUGGACCUCCAGACUUCAGUGCAGAACCUGGACCCUCAGUCAUAAAAGGUCAGAACCACAGACAGAGAGCAGAACCUCCAGGAUCCAGCUGUCCGUCUAUGAGGAGUGACUGGUCCAAACAUUGGAACCCUCCAGACUUCAGUGCAGAACCUGGACCCUCAGAAUCAGAACGGAGGAAGAGGAGCGAACCCCAGAUUGGAGAAAGAUCCAGAACCGGAGCUGGACCGCUGACAGCCAAUCAGAGCAGCUGUGCAGCAGAUGUUGAUGGUCGAUGUCAGCGUGACCUUAAAGAGUCUCUGAAGAAGAAGUUUGAAUGUGUCUCUGCUAAAGCUGGAGAGAAAACCUUUCUGGAUGAGAUCUACACAGAGCUCUACAUCACAGAGGGAAAGACUAGAGAGGUCAAUGAUGAACAUGAGGUCAGAAGGAUUGAAGCAGCAUCCUGGAAACAAAACAGAGCAGGAACAACAAUCAGACCAGAAGACAUCUUCAAUCCUCCUGGAGGAAGGGGUCGGAUCAGAACCGUGAUGACGAUGGGCGUGGCUGGCAUCGGAAAAACAGUCUUAACACAGAAGUUCACUCUGGACUGGGCUGAAGGCAGAACCAACCAGAACAUCCAGUUCAUAUUUCCAUUCACCUUCAGAGAGCUGAAUGUUCUGAAAACAGAGUUCAGCUUGGUGGGACUGAUUCAUAAACACUUUAAGCCAAUCAGAGAUGCAGGGAUCCACAGCUUUGAAGACUUCCAGGUUCUGUUCAUCUUAGAUGGUCUGGAUGAGAGUCGACUUUCUUUCCACCACAAUAAGAUCCUGACUGAUGUUACAGAGUCCACCUCAGUGGAUGUUCUGCUGACUAACCUCAUCAGGGGGAAACUGCUUCCCUCUGCUCUCCUCUGGAUAACCACACGACCUGCAGCAGCCAAUCAGAUCCCUCCUGAGUGUGUUGGCAUGGUGACAGAGGUCAGAGGGUUCACCGACCCACAGAAGGAGGAGUACUUCAGGAAGAGGUUCAGAGAUGAAGAGAAGGCCAGCAGGACCAUCUCCCACAUUAAAAAGUUAAAAAGUCUCUUCAUUAUGUGUCACAUUCCCGUCUUCUGCUGGAUCACUGCUGAUGUUCUGGAGGGUUUGUUGGAGACCAGAGAUGGAGGAAAGCUGCCAAAGACCCUGACUGGGAUGUACAUCAGCUUCCUGCAGCUUCAGAUCGAACGUAAAAUAAUCAAGUAUGAUGGAGGACAGAAGACAGAGUCCCAAUGGACUCCAGAGAACAUCAAGAUGGUUCAGUCUCUGGGAAAACUGGCCUUUGAGCAGCUGCUGGAAGGAAACCUGAUCUUCUAUAAACCAGACCUGGAAAAGUGUGGCAUCAACAUCAAAGAUGCUUCAUGGUUCUCAGGAGUGUUUACUGAGAUCUUUAAAGAGGAGAGAGGGAUGGACGACACCUCCGUCUACUGCUUUGUUCAUCUGAGCUUCCAGGAGUUUCUGGCUGCAGUCUACAUGCUCCACUGCUUCACCAGCAGGAACACAGAGGUGGUGGAGAACUUCCUGGGAGAAAAAUACAGAGAAACAUCUCUGGAGGACUUCAUGAAGAAAGCCAUGGAGAAAUCCCUCAGGAGUCCAAAUGGCCACCUGGACCUGUUUGCUCGCUUCCUUCAUGGCCUCUCUGUGGAGUCCAACCAGAGCCUCUUAGGAGGCCUGCUGGGUCAGAUGGAGAACAGUCCAGAAACCAUCCAGAGAGUCAUCAACAAUCUGAAGCAGAUGAACACUGAUGAUAGAAUCUCUCCUGAUAGAAGCAUCAACAUCUUCCACUGUCGUCAGGAGAUGAAGGACCUCUCAGUUUAUCAGGAGAUCCAACAGCUCCUGAAAUCAGGGAAGAAGCUCUCAGAGACCCAGUGCUCAGCUCUGGCCUACAUGCUGCAAAUGUCCGAUGAGGUUUUGGAUGAGUUAGACUUGAAGAAGUACAACACAUCAUCUGGAGGACGACAGAGACUGGUUCCAGCUGUGAGGAACUGCAGAAAGGCUCGACUUGGUGGCUCUUCUCUCUCUGAGGCUGAAUAUGAAGUUGUGGCCUCAGCUCUGAAGUCCAACCUUCAUCUGACUGAAGUGGAAAUAGAGGAGAUCAGUGGAGAUUAUUCCUUUGGAGACUCUGGAAUGAAGCAUCUGUGUGAGAUACUGGAGAGUUCAAUCUGCAAAGUAAAGAAACUGCUAUUGAUUCAAUGCAGUCUCUCAGAGAUCAGCUGGGCUUCUCUGGGCUCAGCUCUGAAGUCUAAUCCAUCCCAUCUGACAGAACUGGACCUGAGUGGAACCAACCUGGACCCUGGAAUGAAGGAGCUCAGUGGGUUUCUCCAGUCUCCCCUCUGCAAACUACAGACAUUGAGACUUGGUGGCUGUUCUCUCUCUGAGGCUGAAUGUGAAGUUGUGGCCUCAGCUCUGAAGUCCAAACUUCAUCUGACUGAAGUGGAAAUAGAGACGAUCUAUGGAGAUAAAUCCUUUGGAGACUCUGGAAUGAAGCAUCUGUGUGAGAUACUGGAGAGUUCAAUCUGCAAAGUGAAGAAACUGCAAUGUUCAAACUUUCAAAUGUUUUGGACUGAUGGACAAAAAUGAGGAAAAUCAGUCAAAUGAUGUUAAGUAAUGAUGGAGAUGUUUCAGUUUGAUUUGGGAAAGAUUCAGAUGAUGAGACAAGAUAAGAUGGCUUUAUUUCUCAUUUCUGAUUCACAUCUUUCCAUCCAGAAUGACAUUUGGUUCCUCUAGAGUAGAACCAGAACCACAAACAUUUUAGAAUAACUAGAAUAAAAUAAGAUGAUCUAAAAACUAAUGUUUAGGAAGAAAAGACAAAGACAUGAAAUCUUUGUCCUGAAGCUGCUGUUCUGUUGGACCGGGUCAGAGAGAACCCGUCCUCUUCAAUCUGUCAGCUGUCAGAGUCGCUUGGAGACACAAAUACUUAGUUACUGAACUUAAGCAGCUUUUUAUUUCUGACUUAUUUACUUCUUAUUUACUUCAGUAUUUAUUUUUCAGAAUCCUUUUUCCUUUUCCUUCCUACAUUUGAAGCCAAAUAUCUGGACUUUCUACUCCUUCCUUUCUCCAAACUGGCU